AUGAUGAAUGUUUUUAGAGGAAUGGCCACCUCGAAAAAGAAGACAAGGAAGCUUAGGGGACACGUAUCGCACGGUCACGGCAGAAUUGGAAAGCACCGUAAGCAUCCCGGAGGUCGUGGUAACGCUGGAGGUCAGCAUCAUCACCGAAUCAACUUUGAUAAAUACCAUCCUGGGUACUUCGGAAAGGUUGGCAUGCGUAAUUUCCAUUUACGGAAAAACAGUCUGUAUUGUCCAACAGUAAACUUGGAUAAAUUAUGGUCACUGGUCUCGGAGAAGACACGAACCACCUAUGCUGAAAAGAAGGAUAAGGCACCUGUGAUUGAUGUCGUUAAGGCUGGUUAUUUCAAGGUGCUUGGCAAGGGCCUAUUGCCUAAGCAGCCGGUGAUCGUUAAAGCCAAGUUCUUCUCGCAUUCAGCCGAGGAAAAAAUUAAGGCAGUCGGUGGUGCCUGUGUAUUGGUUGCGUAA